UAAGCCGGAUAUCGCUAAAAGCUUACCACACACACUCACACACAAACACACACACACACACACACACACACACACAUACACAUACAAACAUAUUUGGAUAAUGUCAAGUUACACGCAUUUAUGCAGAUACAUAAAUUUGCAGUUGGAUAUGAGCAAAAAAGUUUCGACACGCAAAUAUCCUCACCUAUAUGCUUCAUAA